AUGCAAACAGCCAUUGGCGCAAAUUUCGACCAAUCAGGCUGCUUGAAACUUGAAUUAUCUCCAAAAAAAAACUUCAGAAAUAAGAAUCUAUAUGCUGACAUUAAAUACUUAAUCCGAUCGAUAUUUUCAAUAAUUUUCUUCAACAAAAACAAUCUGAUGGCCAAUUCGAAUGAAAAUAUAAGCAGUAGUGAUAAACAACAAGAUGAGAUAAGCUCAUUACUUCGAGCCGAUCAAUACGAUGUUUCAUUAACCUUACAACUCGAUGAAUCUUAUCCAUCGAAACCGCCUGAAAUUAUCAUAACUGCUCCUCGACUAACGCCCGAUCAAGUUUCACUCGUUCAACAACUUCUUCUAUCGUAUAGCAAAACACUACUCAAUCAACCGAUGGUUCUCUCCAUCUAUUCACGAUUAUUACAAUGGUUUGCAGAGAAUAAUAUUCAAGCAUUCGAAACCAGUGCAAACAACAGCAGCAAUGCACCGAGUUCACGUUCACUACCUGAUGCUGUGUCAAAUGCGCCAUCCGUUUCAACACAAAAUUCGACAGACGCAGCAAAGAAAAGUUCAAUGAAGACAGCUGAAGAUGUGAUAUCGCGUAUCGAAUGGGAUGAUCGUCUUGACAAACGUUAUUUUCGCGUUGGUUAUGUCGAUCGGUUUCUUGGUUUACAAGAGAAAGCGUUCAAUGAUUUUGAUUUUAAGGUCGAUUUAUCCACCGUUAGUGACCGACACUCAAACAUUCUUGCCAUACCUAAACAUCGUAUUCAAUAUUUUAAAUACAACAAUGAAAUUAUUUGGGAUAAAGAAACCCGAACUGAUUUGAUGUUUGGUUCGACAGGCAACCAACAAACAAUCUAUGAUGUGAUACAACGCCAUGAUAAUUUAAUGGAAAAUAAUCAUGUGACAACAAUAUCCGAUGACGAAAUAGACCACGAUGGUGAACAACCGAUUACUUUACCAAGAUAUUUAACGCUAACAGAUGGAACAUACAAACCCAACUAUUUUCUUUCAGUGCCCAUCACCGACUCCACUCUUCUUGCUCAUUAUAUUUCUUAUCGUGAUCAUUUACUUUCGACUUACCCUUCAUAUUUUUCUGCACGUACGAACUCCUCCGAUUCAGUUCAUCUUCAUGUGACACUUUUAACAUUAUAUAUUGAAUCAACGACCUACGUUGACCAAUGCGCAACGGUAUUGAAACAACUCCAAGAGGAACUACGAUACCACUGUUCUUAUCCCGAACCGAUUUGUCUGGAAUUCAAUGGGGUUGGCGCAUUCCAUGAUCGACUUUUAUAUAUCAAGUGUAAACACAAUCAACGUGUAGAAAACUUACGUACGUUGAUUGUUGAGCGUUUUUCUGAACAACAACAGAAGCAAAAAUUAACAAAUUUGUUUUUCGCGGGUAAUUAUUAUGGAUUCGUUCCACAUAUAACUUUAUUGAAAUGUAAACGCAAACUUUCGUCCGUAUGUCCAAAUGAAUUCGACGAGAAGUCGUUCGGCAAACAAACAAUCGAUUGUUUACAAUUGUGUUCAAUUGGUAAAAUAGAUGACGACGACGAACAAACUGCCAAAUGUUUGUUUAAACUUGAAUUGAGUUGA